AUGGACGGAGGGGCUGCAGAUGAAUCCUGGACUUUCUGUCAUGGUUGGCAAAAGUCUUGCCACCGUGCCGCCCAAAGUAAACUAAAAGAAAUCCACAGUCGCGACUCCCUGGACCGCGCGCACUCCCCGCACCACGCCGCCCCGCACCAAGCCGCCCCGCACCAAGCCGCCCUGCACCAAGCCGCCCUGCACCAUGCCGUCCCGCACCACGCCGCCCCGCACCAAGCCGCAAUGCGCCGCUCCACACCGUACCACGCAGCACCGCUAAAAGGAGGUGGCACCGCCGUGUGA